UGUGUAAAGUGGAAAUUAAAUCUUGUGUAUGGCGUGGUUAAGGUUGCAGCCUGUCACCUCAGCCUUCCUCCGCUUUGGCCUCAUUACUUUUGUACUGUUUUUACAUGGUCUGCAGGUGGACGCUGGAAUCGGGGCAGUUUCCCCCAUCGUAGGACAUAAUGACUCAUGCUUAGGUUCUUCUGAGUGCAAGGAAGGUGUCAUCUUACCAAUAUGGUACCCAGAAAACCCAUCUCUUGGGGACAAAAUUGCCAGGGUUAUUGUUUACUUUGUUGCACUGAUCUACAUGUUCCUGGGAGUUUCUAUCAUUGCUGAUCGCUUCAUGGCAUCCAUAGAGGUCAUUACGUCACAAGAGAAGGAGAUCACAGUCAAGAAAUCUAAUGGAGAAAUUACCACAACUACUAUCCGAGUAUGGAAUGAAACUGUUUCCAAUUUGACCCUCAUGGCUCUUGGUUCCUCGGCUCCUGAGAUUCUUCUAUCUUUGAUAGAAGUGUGCGGUCAUGGGUUUGUUGCUGGUGAUCUGGGGCCUUCUACCAUAGUUGGCAGUGCAGCUUUCAAUAUGUUCAUCAUCAUAGCCAUCUGUGUCUAUGUCAUUCCUGAUGGAGAGACUAGAAAGAUAAAACACUUGAGGGUUUUCUUUGUCACUGCUGCAUGGAGCAUCUUUGCAUAUAUAUGGUUGUACAUGAUCCUUGCAGUCAUCUCUCCAGGUGUGGUCCAGGUGUGGGAAGCCCUACUCACUUUGUUUUUCUUCCCUGUUUGUGUCAUCCUGGCUUGGAUAGCAGACAGAAAGCUUUUCCUCUACAAGUAUAUGCACAAAAGGUACCGUACUGACAAGCACAGGAGUAUUAUAAUUGAGACGGAGGGGGAUCACCCCAAGGGGAUUGAAAUGGAUGGUAAGAUGAUGAACUCCCACUUUCUGGAUGGAAACUUAGUGCCUAUGGAAGGGAAAGAGGUAGAUGAGUCUCGCAAAGAGAUGAUCCGGAUCCUCAAAGAUCUGAAGCAAAAACAUCCAGAAAAGGACUUGGACCAGCUAGUGGAGAUGGCCAAUUACUAUGCUUUGUCUCAUCAGCAAAAGAGCAGGGCAUUCUAUCGGAUUCAGGCUACCAGGAUGAUGACUGGAGCAGGCAAUAUUCUGAAAAAGCAUGCAGCUGAGCAAGCCAAAAGAAGCACUAGCUUGCACGAGGUGCGGCCAGAGGAACCUGAAGAAUUCAUUUCGAAGAUUUAUUUUGAUCCUUGCUCCUACCAGUGUCUUGAGAACUGUGGUGCUGUCCUCCUAACCAUAGUUCGGAAAGGAGGGGACAUGUCAAAGACAAUUUAUGUGGACUAUAAGACAGAAGAUGGUUCUGCAAAUGCUGGGGCUGACUAUGAAUUUACAGAAGGUACAGUUGUUUUGAAGUCAGGAGAGACUCAAAAAGAGUUUUCAAUAGGGAUUAUUGAUGAUGACAUCUUUGAGGAAGAUGAGCAUUUCUUUGUGCGCCUCAGUAACCUCCGGGUGGUUGAGAUGGAUGAACCUCCUGAUCUCAACAACUUGCCAUAUCCCAAGGCCAUACUUGCCUCUCCCUAUGUGGCUACUGUAACUAUUUUGGAUGAUGAUCAUGCGGGCAUCUUUACCUUUGAAUGUGAUGUGAUACAUGUCAGUGAGAGCAUUGGGGUGAUGGAGGUGAAAGUUCUUAGGACAUCUGGUGCCCGAGGCACAGUCAUAGUCCCCUUUAGAACAGUUGAAGGGGCAGCAAAAGGAGGUGGAGAGGAUUUUGAAGAUGCUUAUGGGGAGCUGGAGUUCAAGAAUGAUGAAACUGUCAAAACUGUUCACAUCAAGGUAAUUGAUGAUGAGGAGUAUGAGAAAAGCAAGACUUUCUUCAUUGAGCUGAUGGGCCCACGCAUGGUGGAUAUGAGUUUACAGAAAGCUCUCCUUUUGAAUCAAGAAGUGGCAGAAAGGAAGCUGACAAUGGAAGAGGAGGAAGCCAAGCGGAUUGCAGAAAUUGGGAAGCCAAUACUGGGCGAGCAUCCCAAACUGGAGGUCAUCAUUGAAGAGUCCUACGAAUUCAAGAGUACGGUGGACAAGCUGAUCAAGAAGACAAACCUGGCCUUGGUUGUAGGGACACAUUCCUGGCGGGACCAGUUCAUGGAAGCCAUUACUGUCAGUGCAGCAGGAGAUGAAGACGAAGAUGAAUCUGGGGAGGAGCGCCUGCCCUCCUGCUUCGACUAUGUCAUGCACUUCCUGACUGUCUUCUGGAAGGUGCUCUUUGCCUGUGUCCCACCCACUGAAUACUGCAACGGCUGGGCUUGUUUUGUUGUGUCCAUCCUGAUCAUUGGCAUGCUCACCGCCGUCAUUGGAGACCUGGCUUCUCAUUUUGGCUGCACUAUUGGCCUUAAGGACUCAGUGACUGCUGUUGUCUUUGUGGCUUUUGGUACUUCAGUUCCAGACACUUUUGCUAGCAAAGCAGCCGCCGUCCAAGACGUGUAUGCAGACGCUUCCAUCGGCAACGUCACAGGCAGCAAUGCUGUCAACGUGUUCUUGGGCAUUGGACUGGCGUGGUCGGUGGCCGCCAUCUACUGGGCUUCCAAGGGACAGGAGUUCCACGUGUCUCCAGGCAGUCUCGCCUUCUCUGUGACGCUGUUCACCAUCUUUGCUUUUGUCUGCAUCAGCGUCCUGCUGUACCGAAGACGGCCUCACCUUGGAGGGGAACUAGGAGGCCCCAUGGGGUGCAGACUUGCCACAACUUUGCUGUUCGUGAGCCUGUGGCUCCUGUACAUUUUGUUUGCCACCCUGGAAGCCUAUUGCUACAUCCGAGGAUUCUAAGCCGUGAAGAAGAUGAUCCAAUUGGAAAGGAGGGCUCCCCCUCCUCCGUUACCUCAUUAGAC